AUGUGCUAUCGUUUUAAUAUUAAAGAUAGAAUCAUUGAUUUGGCUUGUCCAAUAGACUAUCAAUUAUACAUAGAGAGAUUAUAAACCCUUAAAAAUGAGUAAUUAAUUCUAUUGAUAAAAUUAGGAGUUUUCCUUUGGUUUAAAUCAUUAGUUUAGAAUAAGAUAGCUAUUUAUCUAAUGAGAUGAUUGAAUAAGAUGAGGAAUGGCAAGAAAGUCUAUCAAAAGGCUAUUUCAAAAUAAAUUCAGAGAUUUAAGAAAUCUAAUAAUUAAAUGAAUAACUUUAACAUAUGUCAAUAUCUGAAAUCCAUUAAAUUGAUUAUCAUAAAUGUUACUUUUGUGAUGAUAAUUUGGAAUAUAAAAAAUACUUUAGAUGCAUAAUAUGCAAUGACUUUUAGAUUUGUGAGGAAUGCAAUACUCAUAAGAGAGAAUAAGAACAUCCUAAUAAUCAUAUAUUUAUUUAAUGUAAUCAUGUGAUAGAAUGGAAUAAACUUAAAUAAGAUUCAUACAUUAAAUUAAUGAAACAAAAAGUAGAUCUCUUAAAAUACUUUAAAAUACAUUCAGUUAAUAUUCAUGAAUAAAUUACAUGUGAUGGUUGUGAAAAUUCACCAAUUUUAGGUUAUCGUUAUUAAUGCUGUGAAUGCUCAGAUUUUGAUUUAUGUAAAAUUUGCAUCAAAGAGUUCAAACAUGAUGAAACUCAUAACUUUAUUUAAUUAACAACAAACAUUGAGUUUUUGUAAUUACAAUGA